AUGCAACUACCCAUCCCCCAAACCGUAGACAUAAUCUUCGCAGGCGGCGGUACAGCCGCCUGCGUAGCAGCCGGUCGACUCGCCAAAGCAAACCCAGCUCUACGAAUCCUACUCGUAGAAGGUGGGAAGAAUAAUUUUGAAGAUCCAAGUGUGGUGACGCCGGUUGUGUUUUUGAGUCAUUUGGCUCCGGGGAGUAAGACGGCUUUGUUCUACAAAUCCCAACCUUCCCCCCACCUAAACAAUCGCGAAGCCAUCGUUCCCGCAGGCGGACUCCUCGGCGGCGGCUCCUCGAUCAAUUUCCUCAUGUACACACGCGCUCAAUCCAUCGAUUUCGAUUCCUGGAAUACCCCCGGAUGGAGCGCAAAAGAUAUGCUGGAAAUGUGGAAGAAGCUCGAAACGUAUCAUCCGGAAGGAGCAGUAGAUAGGGAGAAACAUGGGUAUGAUGGACCUGUGCAUGUGAGUGAUGGGGGUUUUAGGGGGAAGAGUGGUGAUGUGUUUUUGGAGACGGUGAAGAAGAUGGGGCAUGAAGAGGUUGCGGAUUUGCAGGAUGGGGAUACGUGUGGAUGGGGGAAAUGGCACCGCUACGUUUCUCUCAGCGGUCGUCGCCAAGAUUCAGCUCACACCUAUAUUCACCCUCUUCGUCAAUCCGGCUCCUAUCCUAAUCUUCACAUCCUCACUGAAUCCAAAGUCGUUCGCGUACUCUUUGAUUCCUCAUCUCCACCUCGUGCAAUUGGUAUAGAAUACGUACCCAAUUCUGAUUAUCAGCCCGCUCUCGCACUGAGUAAGGCGAUUCCGCAUACGAUUACUGCGGAAAAAUUGGUGGUUGUGAGUGCAGGCGCAUUGGGGACUCCGCAAAUCUUGGAGAGGAGUGGAGUGGGUAGGAAGGAUGUGUUGGAAAGGUGUGGAGUGGAGGUUGUUAGUGAGGUGGAGGGUGUAGGCGAGGCGUAUCAGGAUCAUCACUUGCUUCUGUAUCCCUACAAAACAUCACUUGAUGAAACCGAAACCAUCGAUGGCUUUUUAAGCGGAAGAAAAGACUUUGCUCAAGCACUUGAAGCCAAAGAUCCUCAGCUAGCUUGGAAUUCAGUCGACGUCUGCAGUAAACUCCGACCUUCUCCCUCGGAAAUCCAAGCUCUAGGUCCCGACUUCGUCGCAGACUGGGAACGUGACUUUGCCCCUCACCCCAGCAAACCACUCAUGCUAUGCGUCGCCGCCAACACCUUCCUCGCAGACCAAUCACUCGUCGAUCCAGGUCAAUAUCUCACCAUGGGAACCUACACUGCAUACCCGUAUUCACGAGGAUCCAUCCACAUCACCUCAUCAAGCGACGUGCAAAACGGGUAUGAAUUCGACGCAGGCUUUUUAUCCCAUCCGAGCGAUUUGAAAAAACAGCUAUGGGCCUACAAAAUGCAACGGGAAAUCUCUAGACGUCUCCCAUAUUUCCGAGGCGAGCUAGAGCUCGGUCAUCCUAAAUUUCCAAAGGGUUCUAAGGCUGCGUUAUCUAAUGGGGCAAUUGAGGGAACCGUUGAGGAUAUUGAAUAUAGUGCUGAAGAUAACAUGGUGAUUGAAGAUUGGAUUCGAGAAAAUCUAAAUACGACGUGGCAUUCGCUAGGAACAUGUGCGAUGAAGCCGAGAGAGAAAGGGGGAGUGGUGGAUGCGGCGUUGAAUGUGUAUGGGACGCGGGGAUUGAAGGUUUGUGAUUUGAGUAUGGUGCCGGAGAAUGUGGGGGCGAAUACUAAUAAUACGGCUUUGGCGGUGGGGGAGAAAGCGGCGGUGAUUAUUGGGAGGGAGUUGGGGAUUGAGGUUUAG